AUGGCGUCCCAACAAGUGCCCACCCAGGCCAACAUCCAGUCCACGCACCCCUUCACCUGCAACACAUGUCAGGUCGCAUUCCGCUCGGGCGAGUUGCAGCGGGCGCAUAUGCAGACGGACUGGCACCGCUACAACCUGAAGCGCCGUGUUGCCUCGCUGCCCCCCCUAUCUUCUGAGAUCUUCACCGAGAAGGUCCUUGCGAACAAGGCCUCUGCUGCCGCAUCCGCUGCAAAGGCGUCGUUUGAGAAAUCUUGCGCCGCCUGCCAGAAGACGUAUUAUAGCGAGAACGCCUACGCCAACCACGUGAACAGCCAGAAACACCGCACAAAUCUCAUGAAGGCCUCGAGGACUGGGCAAAACGACGAUGCAGUUUCGGUCAAUGGCUCUGUCAUGAGUUCGGCGUUCUCACUCGGCGAAUCUAUGGCUGACUCUGAGGCCACUGUUGGCGAGAAGGAUGUCGCAGAUGUCGCCGAAGGCCUGAAGACCACCAGCCUGGAAGAUGCAGAGCCUACAGAGGCUUCGACCGAAGACGACCGAAGCUCAGUUGCCACAUCCAAGGUCAUCACCGACCCGCUGCAAGACUGCUUAUUCUGCAACUAUAAGUCGCCGACCAUGCCGUUGAACUUGCACCACAUGGGUCGCUUCCACGGCAUGUUUGUCCCCGAGAAGGAGUUCCUGGCUAAUCCAGAGGGCCUUCUUAACUACCUCCAUAGCAAGAUCCAUGAGCAGCACGCUUGCUUGAAGUGUCACAAGGUCGUACACACAGCAUCCGGUAUUCAGACACACAUGCGCGACCGCGGUCACUGCAUGAUUGCGUUCGAGAGCGACGAGGAGCUCGUCGAAGUUGGCGAAUUCUACGACUUCAGCAGCACCUACGAUGACCAGGCCGCUUUCGACGAGAUGCAGGAUGAGGCAGAGGCUUCAGAUGACUCUGCAUCCACUACAGGAGGUGGUGUCAAGCUUGGAGCCAGGCGCGAGGCCAAGAUCACCACAGAGGAUGAUGCAGCCAUGUCCAGCGGCGAGGGUGACGAGGGUUGGGAAACCGACAGCACAGUUUCUAGUGUUCCAACAGACGAGAUCACAGCUGUGCCCAUUGACCGUUCCCACCGUCACAAGGGCCUGCACAAGUCUCGACACCACAACCAUGCAGACCCCCGACCCCACCGAGCCGCAGAUGGCUUCCACUCACACGCACAUGCCACACCCGUUGCUGUUUACCACGACGAAUAUGAGCUGCACCUCCCCUCUGGCCGAACUGCUGGUCACAGGUCGCUCAACAAGUACUACAGACAGAACUUGCGCAACUACCCUGGCGUCGCCGAGCGUAUGGAGAAUGCACAGCGCCGUCUCACUGCACCAGAAAAUGAUGAGGAUGGCGAUGCUGAGAUGGAAGAUGGUGAGGAGGGCCGUGGCCGCCAGAGCCGUGAGGUCAUUACACGUGCCAAUGGUGGCAUGGGUAUGAUUGGUGUUAGCGACAGCAAGAAGAAGGAAGUCGCUGCCCUUGAGAAGAAGCAGCAGAAGCAGGCCGACCGUGCGAGGAACAGGUACCAGGCUGGUAACGAAAAGAGGCACAACAUGCAGAAGCACUACCGUGAUCCGCUGCUGCAGUAG